GUUUUAUAAUAUUUUUUGGAUUUAAUUUUAUUGUUUAAAAUUUGCAAUCAACAGGAGCUUUUGAAAUCACAAUUAAUGGAUAACUUGUACAUUCUAAAUUAGUAUCAGGUUAAAUGCCAACUAUUAAAAACAUUUAGGACUUUAUUGGUUCUUAAAAAUGAUAAACUAUAAUAAUGCAUAAUUAGAAAUGAGAAAUUUUAGGAAAAAUUUAAUCUUAAAAUUUUGAGAAUAUAAUAUUUAUGCUAUAUUUAGUUUCUCAUAAACAUAUUAUUAACAUAUUUUUAAAUAUUUUACUUAUAUAUCUAUUUUAUUUAAGAUAUUCUUUAAAAUAGUUAUACUAAAAAAUAAUUAAUAAACAAUAUUAUAUUAAAAUUAUUAUAAAAAUAACAUAUGAAUUAAGCCUUGAAAUAUGUUCCAAAAAUAAAAUUUAUUGGCAGCAGAGCUAAUUUAGUUCCUCNGAUAAAUAAAUACAAUUUCUUCCUAAUAUUAACAACUCUUUUAUUGUUAGCCUCCUCUCAAUAAGAUUAUUAAGGUACAACUAUUAACUAUGAAACACCUAUUGAAAUACUAAUAGAAUACUGUACAAGUUGAUCUUAUAAGG